AUGGCUAAGUUUGAUCAGACAGUCACAUUUCGUAAAGCUGAAGUGCCAGGACCCCAUCGGGCAAUUGUCUUCAUCCAUGGCGGAGCUUGGAUUGACCCGUCUAAUACGCCUCAUGAUUUCGACCAAUUAAGCAAACAUCUUCUCGAUAUAUCCAAUUCGCAACUCCCCUUCUCACUCUAUGCGGUUGAAUAUCGACUCUCUCCAGAAUACCAGCAUCCAAUUCACAUACAAGAUGUUAUAGAUAACCUGGCUCAACUUAUUCAGCAGGAACAAAUCGACGAGCUGAAUUUACUAGGUCAUUCUGUUGGUGCUACUCUCUGCUGGCAGAUACUAAGUCUUGACUCAAGCAUCGACUUCGUCGAGCCCAGUCAAUUACAGCUAGUUCGUUCAAAACUAAAACGUUGCUACUUAACAGACGGCAUAUAUUCACUGAAGGAGCUACUAAAAGAGUAUCCGAGCUAUGAUUAUUUUGUUUCCAAAGCCUUUUCUAAAGUCGACGACUAUGACGAUCCACGAGGUUCCGAAAUAGAUUCUUCCCUAAGCCCAGUAAUCUACGUCAUACAUUCGUACCAAGAUGAACUUCUUUCCUUACGACAAAGCAAUUACUUCUGUGCUGUUCUGCAAGAACUUCAACAGCCUUACCAAGUCUAUUUGGACGAUUUGGGAAAACAUAAUGAUGUCUAUGAGAAUUUGAAAUUGGCCCAAUAUGUUCUAUACACUAUGAUGCGCUAA